UUAACUUUUCAUGAGUAAGAUCAAGGUAGAGAUUACUGUUGUGGGCAUACAAGAAAGAUUUCUGCACAAGUACACCCCGCACUAUUUUGUGGGGCUUUACAUACAUGUUUGCACUGCGGUCCAGGUAACCAAAGUAAUGGGCUGGUCCAAAUUCGCAACAUGGAGUUCAUAUUGUGUUUCACCUAUGAAUACAGCAACACUCUUUCAGCCAUUGUUUCUGAUCAAGGCGCGAGGUGCUUGGUUUCACGGUCAAUGACAUUUCAGUGUCUUCACAAAACCAAUUUGAUUUUGGUAAACCAACGCGGAGAAAGAGAAAGACUCUACAAUCAGUUUGUCUGCCUAAUGAUAUUGUUUACGACACCCUGAGGGCCAUUAUUAAGGAUCACACCUACCUAAGAGGAGGUGGAGGGUUAUGAAAAUUUAAUCGCCGCCAUAACAAUGCUGUUGGUGGUCAUGAAUAAUUUACAUAGCAACGCCUACAGCUUCGGAGCUUCGGUGCCCUGGCUUUUGUGACGUUGGUGUACACACACUUCCCUGUAUGUUUUUGUGGCAUAUGCUUGGCAACAAGCGCGUUAAGUACCCUGUGUACAAACAAUCGUUGACUUGCUGAAAACUGAGUCAAACGGCUUGCUGAACAACUUUGAUCAACAUACUAUGCGCACAAAAGGGAUCGAGAGGAACACAGAAAAUGUUUCUAUCCCGGUGAAGUGAAGCUGUAGAAGCACUUUAAUGGCUACAGAAGUGCAGGACAGUAGGCACGAAGGAGACCCACCACCCCUGCCUCCAAGGAAGGCCAGAGAGUGUGGUUCAACGUCUUCACAACCUCAUCUUCUAUCUUCCACUCCAGACGGUACGUUGUCCAGCCCUGACCGGGUACCCCCCACAUCCUGUCGUGUGGAGGAACUGCGCCGAAUCAUCACCGGACCUUUCGAUCUUGUGCUCAUGCCCUCUCGGUCACACGACGAAGUGUUUCCGCGAAUAUACAUCGGUGAAGGUGACAUUGCAAAGAAGGUGGGCCGCCUGCAGGAGUUGGGCAUCACUCAUGUUGUAAACGCUGCGCACAAUAUCGGCGUGUUCACCGGUCCCCACUUCUACCGAGACACGGCUAUUCAGUACCUAGGAGUUGAAGCAGUAGAUCAUGACGGUUUUGACAUGAUGCCGUACUUCAUACAGACAGCCGACUUUAUAGAGGACGCUCUGAGAGACUCAACAGCCAAGGUCCUGGUCCACUGUCUGGAGGGCUUCAGUCGAUCGGCUACCUUGGUUAUAGCCUACCUGAUGCUGAAGCAGGGCAUGAUGGUACAGGAGGCCGUAAAGACAGUCAGGGAUCGGCGCGAGGUGUGCCCAAAUGACGGAUUUCUCAAGCAACUCUGCAUACUGAACGACAAACUGCUAUCGUCAGGGAGUGAACGAAAAGAAACAGUUUGAGGUCACUGCAGGACUGACUUGAAGCCUCACUUUAUGUAUGAAGUUGAUCGAAUAUUUUAUCAACUGAAGAAUAAGAUUUCUUAAGUUACAGUCGAG